AUGGAUACUGAAGACGCAAAAACAUUGCCAAAGACUGAUGAGGAGUUUGUCCCCGCAAAGUCCAAGAAAUCACGUAAAAGGAAACUGCCCAAAAAUGAUGUUACUAUGGAGACCGAAGUUGCUUCUUCUACAUCAUCAGAAACUGUUGCUAAGGAAGCUUCAGUGGCCAUCACUAUGGAAACAGAUGAAGUUCCUGCGAAGCGUCCCAAUUUUCCUGCUAUCAGCGGUGACAAAUUAAUGGGUGGUGGGAAAGCUGAAACACGGAAGGUUCCCGUUCCUAAAAAUCGCUACACACCUUUGAAGGACAAUUGGAUGAAAAUCUUCACACCAGUGGUUGAACAUUUGAAGCUUCAGAUUCGAUUCAACUUGAAAUCACGAAAUGUUGAAAUCAAAAUGUGUAAAGACACUAAAGAGGUCAGUGCUUUACAGAAAGCGGCUGAUUUCGUCCAGGCCUUUUGCUUGGGAUUUGAAGUUGAUGAUGCUCUGGCAUUGGUCCGUCUUGAUGACCUUUACCUGGAGUCGUUUCAGGUUACUGACGUCAAGCCUCUCAAAGGAGACCAUCUUGCUCGAGCCAUUGGUAGGAUCGCAGGAAAAAGUGGCAAAACCAGAUUCACUAUUGAGAAUGUAACAAAGACUCGUAUCAUAUUAGCCGAUCAGAAAGUUCACAUUUUGGGGUCAUUUCAGAAUAUCAAGAUCGCACGUACGGCAAUUUGUAAUUUAAUUUUGGGUAGUCCUCCAUCUAAGGUUUAUGGUACAAUGAGAGCUAUUGCAUCUAGGUCAGCAGAGAGAUUUUGAGAAACUGUAACCAGACUUUAAGUUUAUUUAGAAUGCAUUAAUAUUGCAUUGUUUCUUCCAUUCAUUACUCCAAUUCAGACCACUGUCUUCCUCCAUGAUUUUUAUGUCACUAGAAGUGUUGACAUAUUGUUAGUCUCCAACUUUUUGUGGACAGUGUUCGGCGUCUGUAACAAAAGGUGUCUUUAACGGCAGGUGGUGACAUUUUGGAUGUUAAUUGCCUUGUUCUGUUGAAGCUUUAUUCUUAUGAAAUUCCCAAUCAACUAACCAUAUCCCUAAUCUCAGCUACUAGGCCUAUACUGUACUAGGCCUAUACUGUAGCUUCAGAGGAGCACAUUAAUAUACUCUGUAUACCAAACUGUGUCAGUAAAUAAUAGAUUAUAAUGGGUAUCAUGAUAAAAAGUAUAUUUUGUGAAAAUAAAUAUAAAUGAAAUAAAUACUAACUAUU